UUAUAGCCUGGAUUGGGAAAAAUUAGGAAUAGACGUCCGUGCGAAAGGGAAUGGAGCGUUCCUCUCAAAUCCUACUGGUACUACUUUCCCUCUCCACUCUUAUUUCUUCGUCCUUUGAGGUUGAUGUUGUGGAGCACCCCGUGCUCUUCAAGAUGCCUGGCCUUGCAAGGGAUCCAAAAAGCGAGGCUUUGAUUCUCAACAAUCUCAACAGCCUUGGCACCAUUCCAAAUGUCACACUCCUUUUAACUGGUCGGCUUUUGAGGCCCGGGAAUGGCUACACGCAUGGUCUCUUUUCUCGUUUUCUCACCACUCAAGCUUUGGAAAACUACUACACUAGCAAUUUCUUCCAGACCGCCAUUCAGCCGAUGAUGCCGUUUCUCAAGGGUGAGGAUUCAGUUGAUUACAGUUCGCCUCUCGAGCAUGUAGAUCCUGCAAAGAAGUUUAAAGGCGAGGUCGUCCACGUCUGUUUCUUCGAGCUCAAAGCGAAUGUCAUGCAAAACGAAACUCAAUCUUUGAUCUCGAAACUCAAAAAUCUAGCUAAUGCGAUGCCCUCCACCGUAUUACAAGUAACAUCUGGCUCUAACAUCAAGAUCCGCCCCGAUUAUCUUGUGUUUUCCCAUUCUUUUGUCGCUCGUUUGGCCUCAGAAUCUGCCGUGAAGAACUUCUAUGGUCAUCCUUCUUAUAAAGAGGUUGUGGCUGAAAUCAAACAAUCGAGCACGCUUUUCGUUGAAGCCGAUUUUGUUCCAGUGGAUUAUCAUUCACUCGGGUCAAUGUAAAACAUCUUUGCAAUAAGAAAGCUCAU